AUGACUUGUAUUCUGAGCACAUCAACUAAAAAAACUUUGAAAACUUUGACUUUAGCUGAAAAUGUUGCUGUGAUUGGAGAAGUUCAAAAAGGGGGGAAGAAAAAGUCGGAAAUUGCUGCUGAUUUCGGAAUUCCUCGGAAUACUCUUUCCACUUAUCUGAAAAAUAAGGAUAAAAUUAUUCAACAUUAUUCGAAUUCUCAGGCGAAUCAGAGUAGAAGAAGAUGCCGAGAGACAACGAAUGAGGAAUUAAAUGGAUGUGUAACGAAGUGGCUUAAACAAACUCGCGAUAAGAAGAUCCCCACGUUCAAACAGCGUCACAACAUUAUUGCGAAAAAAGUGUGUGGGGAAAAUGCAGCAGUCCAUAUGAAAGUAGCAGAAGAAUGGACAGAGAAUCUCUUGGAGAAAAUUAGAGGUGUCGACCACAGGGACAUCUUUAACGCUGACGAAACGGCUCUUUUUUAUGAAUGUUCGCCUAAUAAAACGUUAGCUUCCAAGGGAGAAAAUUGUAGCAAUGGCAAGCUAAAUAAAGUUCGCAUCACGGUUCUUGUUGGAGCUAAUUCUGAUGACAUUGAGAAGCUUUCGCUUCUAACGAUUGGGAAAUCCGUCAAUCCCCGAUGUUUUAAGAACUUUAAAACGAAGCCAUGCGAGUAUGAGUCUAACAAUAAGGCAUAG